AUGCACCCGACAAAAGACCUGGAUAUCUACGACUGCGUUGUGUUCGGUGUGUUGACAGUGGUUGGCUACCUGGUGGGCUUGUACUUUUCCUUCGCAAGACGACGGCAUCAGAAAACGUCCAGGGUUGGCAAUGGAAAAGACGCUGAAAUCGAGACAUUUCUGGGUGGUCAAACACUUCCCGCCAUCGCCUUGGCCAUGUCCGUUGUGGCAUCGGUGGCGAAUGGUGUGAACGUGGUGAGCUUUGUGGGCCACUACUACGCUCACGGAUUUCACUCCAUCUGGGUUGUGGCUGGCACCCUGGUUGCGUCGACACUGACAGUCACAGCGGUGGUGCCCUUGCUUUACGCACUACGCGUGGCCUCUAUUUUUCAGCCAUUGAAGCUCUUCAGCGCGUGA